AUUUCAACAAUCGGAGUGAAUUUUCAACCAAUGGUAGUUCUCAACAAACCCGAUCUCCAACAAGUAAACCUGUUAAGAAUCGCAAAUCUGGAUCAUAUCACAAAGUUACGAAGAGACCAUACAACACUACAACACACCACGACUGGAUUCCUGAUUCUAUUCGUAGCCAUGACCCUAGGAAUAGCAAUUCGGACCAUGAAGAAACAGCUUGGAUGGUGCAUCACACAACGAGAGACAUCUGCGGAGAAGACCCAGCACCUGCAACCCCAACAAAACACGCAGAAGUUCCUCUUUACAACAACCAACGACCACAUUUCCAAUUCUAACAUCCCCGUCGAAUACACCGAAGAAAUCAUCGGACAGAUCAUAGAACACCUCGAUAAGAUCGCUAACACCAUACAACUCAAACCCGAAGAGGACAGCUCGAGAUUCGAGACGAAUCUCCAUUAGGGGGAGAGUAGUUAUCACCCACAUUCCCGCACACUCCUGA